AUGUCGGGGGCACAGCUGAGGAUGACCCUGUCCUCGGCACUCCAAGACUUCAAAGGGAAGAGUAACAUCUCGUUGAAGGCUGCCCCCAAAAAGCUCCAUGAAGGAGAUGCGAGUAGAAUGGGACCCACGUGGGGGGUACAGUGCGAAACUGGUUCAGGGCUUGCCUCUUGGGCUGCUGCUGCAUCUGACGAGGAUUGUUGUGACUGGGUCAGUGUUGUCUGCCACAAGCACACAGGUCAUGUCCUCCAACUCCUUCUUAGAACCUUCUAUCCUCUGUAUGACGGGCUUACUACUGAUGAUGACCAAUAUGAAGCUUAUGAGAGGUUAGUGUUCGGUGGUAAGAUAAAUCUUUCUUUGCUUGAUUUGAAGCAGUUGAUUUACUUAGAUCUCAGCCACAAUGAUUUUGGUGGUACUCACAUUCCCAAAUUCCUCGGUUCAAUGGGGAGCUUAAGAUAUCUUAAUCUCUCCAAUGCGAGAUUUGGGGGAUUGAUUCCUCGUCAACUCGGGAAUCUCUCUAAUUUGCAAUAUCUCAAUCUUGGAGAUUCUAAUUAUUAUGGUGAUUUAUCUGUCGAGAACCUUCAAUGGCUCUCUGGUCUUCCUUUACUACAACACCUUGAUAUGAGUUCUGCAAACCUUAGCCAAGACUCUGAUUGGCUACAUGAUAUAAACAUACUCCCUUCCUUGUUAGAGUUGCGAUUCUCAUAUUGCCACCUCUUUUGUUUCAUCUCACCCAUACCCAGUAUUAACUUUUCAUCUCUCACCACCCUUGAUCUUUCAUACAACUCUUUUGAAAACAGUUCGAUUCUGUUUUGGGUCUCUGGUCUUCAUAAUCUGGUUUCUCUUGAUCUAUCUCACAAUCAGUUUGAAGGUCCAAUCCCUGUUCAUCUCCUGAACUUGACUUCACUUGGGCACCUCGAUCUAUCUAGCAACACUUUCAACUCUUCAAUUCCUAAUUGGCUGUACAGUUUUAGUCAUCUUGAGUUUCUCAACCUCAAGGAAAAUAAUUUGCAGGGUAAAAUCUCUAGUUCCAUUGGAAACCUAACAUUUGUCAUUAGCUUAGACUUGUCAACUAAUGAACAUGAAGGAAAGGUUCCAAGUUCUUUAGGUAAUCUCUGCAAGUUAAGGGUAAUUAGAUUGUCGGACAACAAAUGGAGUCAAGAGAUAUCUGAAAUCUUUGAAAGUCUAUCAGGAUGUGUUUCAAAUGGACUAGAGAUCUUAGAAAUGGGCAAUUUAGAAAACUUGUCAUCCUUUCUUUGGGGUUCAAUUCCAACAUCCAUUGGAUCUUUGAUUUAUCUUGGGUCUUUGCAUCUAUACAACAACAAAUUCUCUAGAAAAUUACCAUCUUCAUUGAAAAAUUGUAAAAACUUGGUUACUAUUGAUAUUGGCAAAAAUGAGUUUGUUGGGAGCAUACCUUCAUGGAUAGGACAUAGAUUUUCAAGCUUGGUGAUUCUUAGCCUUCACUCAAAUAAUUUCUAUGGUUACAUCCCGGAAAAACUCUGCUCUCUAACUUCACUCCAAAUCUUGGACCUCUCAAAUAAUAAGCUAUUUGGAAGCAUUCCUAGAUGUAUGGACAAUUUCAGUGCCAUGGCCACAAAUAACAAUUCAAAUGGUCCCCUUUUUCUACUCGAACAUUCAAUUGGCUAUGGUACUUCUAUGCUUUUUGAAAGUGCAUUGCUUGUGAUUAAGGGGAAAGUUCUUGAGUAUUUCAUCACUCUUCAAUUUGUAAAAAGUAUAGACCUAUCUAAGAACAAUUUAUCGGGCAAGAUCCCCAAAGAAGUGACUAGUCUUCAAGGAUUACAAUCAUUAAAUUUGUCAUUUAAUAUCUUGAUAGGAAGGAUUCUUGCCAAUAUAGGUGUUAUGGGAUCACUGGAAUCUAUCGAUUUCUCUGUAAAUCAACUUUCAGGUCAAAUUCCUCAAAGUAUGUCAAGUUUGACAUUUUUGAGUCGAUUGAACCUGUCAAACAACAAUUUAAGUGGGAAAAUCCCUUCAAGCACUCAACGACAGAGCCUCAAUGCCUCAUGUUUUAUUGGAAACAAACUUUGUGGAGCUCCACUAAUUGAGAAUUGUUCUAUAAUUGAUGUAAAACCUAACAUUAAAAACAAAAGGAGCAAGGAUUUUGGUGGACCUUAA